AUGAGUUUCAAGGUUCAACUUCCACUGCCAGCAUCUGUUUUAACUAAGCGGAAGAUUAUGUCGUACGUGGCGCAGAUUUUUGACCCACUUGGCCUUGUGGGACCAAUCAUAGUCAUCGCCAAACUCUUCAUGCAGCGUCUAUGUGCAUUGAAAACCGAAGCUGGAGAUUCAUAUGAGUGGGAUCGUCCUCUUCCUCCACGUUUGCAAUCCAAGUGGAAGGAGUUCCACGAAACGUUAGAUACUAUCACAUCUCUUCGAAUUCCACGCUGUGUAACCGUAGCAAACGCAACCUCAUUCCAACUCCAUUUCUUUUCCGAUGCCUCACAGAAGGCUUACGGAGCAUGUUGUUAUGUCCGCUCAGAAUCCGCUGGGGUUGUUCGUGUCCAAUUGCUGACGUCUAAGUCCAAAGUUGCACCGCUGGCCAAACAACAAACCAUCGCACGUCUGGAGUUAUGUGACGCUGUACUCGCAUCCAAUCUCUAUAAGAAGGUGGCCCAUUCCAUUCCGAAACCUGCUGAAAUCUUCUGUUGGACAGAUUCGUCAACUGUAUUACAUUGGUUGGAGUCUUCGCCGUCCCGAUGGAAAACUUUCGUAGCUAAUCGGGUAGCUAUGAUUCAAGAAGCUACAGAAUCCUGCCACUGGAACCAUGUUUCCGGAACAUCCAAUCCAGCUGAUCCUCUCUCUCGUGGCGUCAAUCCAAUCGAUCUCAAACAACUUCCCAUUUAG